AGGAAACGGGGGUAACAACCCGACGGCCAAGCUGCGGACGACGACUCGUCCACCCCCGUCGUCUCCUCCCCCCGUCCCCGCCCACCGCUCCCUCUUCCAUCCUCCGGCUUCACCAGCACGGGCGCGUCAUUCCCUGCAAUCGCCUCUGCCUCACGUCGAGGGUGGCCGUGCAGCUUAUGGCUCUGCCGCUUGCGGAGAGCCUGAUCGCCGUCGUGCUUCUCCUGUUAUCCCUUCUCUUCAUUCUCUUCCUAUUUUUCUGCAAGCCAUGGCGUUUCUUCUCCUCUCGUGCCGCCAAGGUUACUGACUUGGAAAAGCCUCUUAUUCCUGAUGUCCUGGAUUUCCCUCAGAGCCAGAGUUCAAGUUCUGCAAGAAAUCAUGGGUCAGAGGUUCCUAGCACCCAUGUUGAAGAAAAUUUUACUGCCCACAGACAACAGGGCCACUUCGGAAAGCAAAUGCCUUCAUCAGAAGCUGGUUUGGACCCAGGUGGAAGUUUGACACUGGAUGUACUUUAUAAUCCUCCAGAUGGCCUGCAAUUUGGUCAAACGAUUAAACACACAAAUUGGUCUGCUGAGAAGAGAAAACUUAUCAUAAAAGGCGAAGCAAGUCUUGGUUCUGAUGAUAAAUGUCGUGAUCAGAAGGAUCAGUCUGCGUCUAUGAAAGAUGUUACUGUUCUAAGAAGUGGCAUCACCUUGGAGGUUAUAUCUGGUCCUUCACGUGGACUUCGUUGUUCCUUGCAGUCAUCAGAUAGUUCUAAAUUGCCAUUAACCAUUGGCCGAGUUCCUCCAAGUGAUUUAUUGCUGGGGGACUCUGAAGUGUCUGGCAAACAUGCCAGGAUAAAUUGGAAUUCUAGCAAAUCAAAAUGGGAACUAUUGGAUAUGGGAAGUCUGAAUGGAACUCUCUUGAAUUCACUUGCUGUCAACCUCCCGGAUUCAGAAUCAAGGCAUUGGAGUGAGCCAGUUGGACUUGCAAAUGGGGAUGUAAUUACUUUUGGUACUACAUCAAAAUUGCUUGUUCAUAUUUCUGAAAGCAAUGCACAACCUGUUCCUUUUGGAAUAGGUAUGGCAUCUGAUCCCAUGUCUAUGCGUAGAGGUGGAAAGAAGCUUCCUAUGGAAGACAUAAGCUAUUGUGAAUGGCCUCUACCGGGAAUUGAGCAGUUUGGACUUUUUGCUAUCUUUGAUGGGCAUGGGGGCUCAGGAGCAAGCAAUGCUGCAUGCAAGUUGCUACCCAAAACUGUUGCUAGCAUUUUGGCAGUUCCUGAAACAAGAGAGUAUAUUCUUUCCCAUCAUGAUGCCUCAGAAGUUCUUAGAGAUGCAUUUUAUCAAACGGAAGCAGCUAUGAGUCAUGAAUAUGAGGGUUGUUGUGCAACUGUUCUCUUGGUUUGGUCUGAUCUACAUGAAGGCUUCUUUGCACAGUGUGCAAAUGUUGGCGAUUCAGCUUGUAUUCUCAACAUUGAUGGAAGGCAGAACCUUAUGACAGAAGAUCAUCGAUUAACAAGUGAGUCUGAAAGGACUCGUUUAACAAAAAUGGGAGGCCCAUUAAGAGAUGGUGAAACACGUCUUUGCGGUCUAAAUAUAGCAAGGAUGCUUGGUGACAAGUUUCUAAAAGAGCAAGAUUUGCGCUUUAGUUCGUUGCCACAUAUUAGUCAAGUUUUACACAUAACGAGAACGAGCAAGGCCUUUGCCCUCUUAGCAAGCGAUGGCCUUUGGGACGUUCUUAGCAUAAAGAAAGCAAACCAACUAAUUCUUCAGUACAGAGAAACAUAUGACGUAGCAGAUCAAGAGAAUAUAGCAGAGUUGAUAGCUAAGUUAGUGUUGAACGAAGCAAGAACUUUGAGAACCAAAGAUAAUACAUCUGUCAUAUACUUAGAUUUCAGUACAAACAGAACAUCGUGUUGUAGAAUCUGACAGCUCAAUUAAAUGGAAAAUGGCUGCAUGUCCUCCUCCAGAGGUGUAAAUAUUUGUUCUAGUAUAUUUUGUUUCAUUUUCA